CAGGUAUCAGGGCUGGGAUCAAACCCACGGCCUCCUGCGUACCAGGCGAGGUAGCUAACAUCUUUGUCUUCUCCAGGAAAACAUCCUCAUCAAGGACCACGACACCGGCGAUGUCAGACUCACCGAUUUUGGUCUCAGCUUUCAAGAGAGUCCCAAUUUCUUCAAGAGGUUUGGCACGGAGCACUACACAGCGCCAGAGAUGUACCUCAAGCUGCCCAUCACGUGCUCCGUGGACAUGUGGUCCCUGGGCUGCGUGGCUGCCGAGCUCGUGACUGGCGAUUACCUCUUCAAGAGAAAGCUCAAAUGUCACCAUCUGGAGAGGGUCAUCGAGAUCCUGGGGGUGCCGCCAAUGACUGUCAUCGUAACCUCGACAGUGAAGCUCAUUUCCUUUGGUGACAGGGGCGAGAUCUUCGUCAACCACAAGAAAGUAACCCCGGAAAGCUUACCCCUCAACAAAGUGCUUGGGACGGAAAACAUCCAUUUCCUCAAUUUCAUCAAAGGAUGCCUCGCGUGGGAUCCCAUGUGGAGGUUCACGCCCGAGGAGGCCCUCGAGCACGAGUGGAUGGUGGACAGCGCCCUCGAGCUGGAUGCGGAAGCGUGGCUGACGCCAUCCGAAGCGCCGUCGCCAGUGCCGUCUAGCCAGGCAGAGGAAACCUUUUUGACCCCCGGCAAUAAUUGCGGCACGCUCAGCGAGAUUGACGACGACUCCUCUCCCGGUGGCCGUGGGUCACCCGAUCCGGCGGCUUCCCCCCCGUCGCCGCCGCCGGCGUCCUCCGACAGUGUGGAGUCAUACGUGACGGCUUGCGAGUGGCCUCUCGAACCGUCGGGCGGAGCGAUCCCCUCCGCGUCCGGCGAGAGAGGCGCUGAGAAGGGCCUCAGAGAGGACGGCAGCCGGGACGACGGCAUUAGCUGGAUCUUGAGUCAGGGGUGGUGAGUCUUCGUGUACGAGUGGUGCAUUGGGUGAAGUUUUGGGGCUGGCUGGUUUGUUGAGUUAAAGUGUCUCCCCUUUUGGCAACGGGCGUAGAGAAUCCAUAUUCUUUGGGUCUUUCGGUAAAGUCACGUAGAUAGGUUCAAAGAAAAUAACUAAAAAAUAACAAAAAACUACGACGUUUCGAUCGCAACACAAGCGGUCGUCAUCAGGAAAAGGGGGUUAGCUUCUAAAGGUAAACUGUUUUUAAAGGUUUGAAAUGGUGGUUAGUUUUCCACCAAUCAAAUGGCUGCCAGGUGAACAUUAACAUGUUAAUGGAAGAUCGCAAAGCCACCGGCAUCUCUUGGUCGGCGCGCGAAGUGGCUGUGUUAGUGUGAACCUGUAAAUGAACAACUAACAUCGGAAGGUGGUAGGAUGGGAACAUCACAGCCAGUUAUGACUUAAACUGGUUGACAACGUCCUUCCAAUGAUUGCUCAGUUUGUACCCAUCUUCUCUGUGGAAAUUGUGUCCGUGUCUGUAUAUAUGGAUGGCUUCAUGAACAUCUUUGUUGAUAGCCAGUAGGUUUGAAAAGUAGCUUCGUCUUGGAGAAAUCAAUUUCGUGUGAGCCCACCGCAUUAAAACAAUGAUCAGCCACGGCCGAGGUAUUGGUCCUACAGUGUUUAAGAUCUGCCUUAUGUUCACGAACACGGUCCGAGACAUGUCGCUUAGUUUCUCAAAUUUAACUACUGCCGCAGACACAAAAUGUAAUGACUGCCACAGACACAAA